UUAAAUUAUAAAACAAACAAAUUGGUUGCCUCUUUUAUUACAAAACGAUUUACGUUGUGAUGAAUGAAUAAUAAAUACAUUUCAUUUGAAGAUUAACCUAAUUUGCAUUGUCCAAUAUUAACAAACUACAAAAUUAAUGUUUCAUCUUUAAAUGAACAUCUGGGUGGGAAUAUUAAAGAGUGCUCAGAUUCUCUGGCUGGCAGCCCAGAAACUGCCAAAUCAAAUUAGAUUUUAAUUAAAUUAUUUAUCAUGUAUUUUCCAUCAGCCCGACUUUAAAGGGUGAGAGGUGACUACAGAGUUCUAACCUAUAAACUCGCUUUAGCAGUAAGGUGAAACAUAAUUACGGGCGAUACCGGAGUGCUGCGCUCCGGAAGAAAAGCUUAUUAUAACGUUACAUUCAACAACUAUCCUCAAGCUUUGGUCUGUCCGUCCUGUAAGUAGCUCCUAUACAUUAGUCUUUAAUAGCUAACGUUAACUAGACGGCUAGCUAGGCUAAAGCUAACGUUAGCUUCCCCGCGUGGCUAAAGUUAGCUAGCUGAUUGGCGGUUUGCCUUUGUUGAUUGAUUUCAUUAAUUAAUACCCUCGACUGAGAACGUGUCAUAAUAUAGUUAUUUGUAUUCAUAUAUAUGCUUUAUUUGCCUGGUCGUGUGCAGAAUUAACUGGUUAUGGCAGAACUGGAAAGUCUGAGAGGAGGAGGAGGAGGAGGAGGAGGAGGAAGGAACUUUGGUCCACCGGACAUACAGCGAGAUGAAGACGAGGAGGAAGACUCACCGACAGUUUUACUGAGUGUUUUAGCCCAGCAGGGACAGAUGGGCCUCUGCUUCUAUGACAGCAAGGACUCCUCUUUGCACUUCAUGAGAGACACUCCGGACACCUACGAGCUCCACCUGUUGGCCAGAGUCGUGCGCGAGGUCAGCCCUCAUGUCAUCAUUACGAGUGCAAAGCAGGAACGCUGCAUGACACGCUUCCUGCAACAACUUGGUUUAAACCCAGACUACAAACCGGAGGUCGUCACUUAUCCAUAUGUUGACUUUGGUCUGGAGGUCGGUAAGCAGAGGUUACUUUCUGCCCAUCUGCCUUUCCUUCCUGCCUACAUUUCAGAGAGAGACAAAAUGUCCUACAUCUCCUCCUCUAUCUCCUUUGACUCACCCCUGAUGCUGAGGGCAGUGGGCGCUCUGCUGAAAUGUCUGGACAGGAGGAGAGUGGGAGUGGAGCUGGAAGACAGCAGUGUUGGAGUUCCUAUCCUACAGUUCAACGCCUACACGCUUAAAGGUAUUGUUUGCAUUGACCCUGACACCUACAGUGUACUACAGAUCUUCAAAUCGGAAGUCCACCCAUCAGUGUACAAGCUGCAUUCUGGUGAAAAGGAAGGACUCAGUCUUUAUGGGAUACUGAACCGGUGCAGGUGCAAGUUUGGCUCAAAACUGCUACGCCAGUGGUUUCUUCGGCCCACACAGGACCUGGCCGUGUUACACAGGAGACAGGAAGUAAUACGUUUCUUCACGUCACCUCGGAACUCUGACACCCUGAACACCCUGCAAUCCUCGCUACGCAAUAUCAGUAACAUACCAACUCUUCUGCACAGGAUGUCUCUGUCUCACACUAAAGUGUCAGACUGGCGGAGCCUCUACAAGACAGUGUACAAUGUGGUGUGUAUCAGGGACACGGUGCGACACCUGCCGCAGUCCAUUCAUCUCUUUCGUGAUAUCAGUGAAGGUUUCUCUGAUGACCUCCACCAUAUUUCCUCCCUCAUCAGCCGAGUCGUGGAUUUUGAAACCAGCAUAGCGGAGAGUCGGUUCACCGUCAAACCGAACGUGGACCCAGCGAUCGAUGAGAAGAAAAGAAAGAUGAUGGGGUUGUCUGACUUCCUCACAGAUGUAGCCAGAAGAGAGCUGGAACAUCUGGACGCCCACAUUCCCUCCUGCUGCGUCAUCUACAUCCCUCUGAUUGGAUUCCUGCUCUCUGUCCCUCGACUGCCCAGCAUGGUGGAGAAAGAGGAUUUUGAGAUAGAAGGCCUUGAUUUCAUGUUUCUCUCAGAGGAACGUCUUCACUACCGCAGCCAGAGAACCAAGGAGCUAGACGACCUCUUAGGAGACUUGCACUGUGUCAUCAGAGACAUGGAGACAGCAGUGAUGAUACAGCUGCAGAGCGCAAUACUGGAGAGGAGCGCGUCCCUUUACAAGGUUCUUGAUCUCACUGCUGAGCUGGACUGUCUGAUGGCAAUGAGCACCGCCUCUCAAGAGUACGGCUACACCUGCCCCACACUAGCCAGCCACAGAAAGAUAACAGUCACACAGGGCAGACACCCGUUGUUGGAGCUGUGCUCUCCCGUGUUUGUGGCCAACUCCUUCCAGAGCUCAGAAUCACAGGGAAGGGUCAAGAUCAUCACCGGUCCCAACUCAUCUGGCAAGAGCAUCUACCUCAAACAGGUGGGUCUGAUUGUGUUCAUGGCUCUGAUUGGCUCCGACGUGCCUGCAAAGGAGGCGGAGAUCGGUCUGGUGGACGGGAUGUUCACCCGAAUGCAGAGCAGAGAGUCUGUGUCUGUUGGCCUCAGCACCUUCAUGAUAGACCUCAACCAGAUGGCCAAGGCUCUCAACAGCAGUACUGGUAACUCAUUGGUUCUCAUCGAUGAAUUUGGAAAGGGAACUAACACAGUGGAUGGACUCUCUUUGUUGGCUGCAUCGAUCUCUCAUUGGCUGAGCAACCCUCUGGAGGAUGUUCCUCAUGUCCUGUUGGCUACCAACUUCCACAGCCUGCUGCAGCUGGGCCUGCUGCCCUCCUCUGGCCUGCUGUCUCUUCUGACUCUGGAGACCGCAGUGGACGGGGAUGAGUUGGUGUUUCUGUACCAACUGAAGGAAGGAAUCUGCCAGUCCAGCUACGCUGCCAACAUUGCCGCGCUGGCAGGGCUGCCAACUAGCCUUGUGCAUAGAGGAGUGGAGGUGUCCGAGCUGUUCAGGACAGGGCGGCUCAUCAAGCGAAUGGACAAAGCGUCAUCUGAGGAGCGAGCAAACCGGUGCAGGUCUUUGGUGGAGGCGUUCCUGAGCCUCGACCUGGACGACAACGAUUUGGACCUUCAGAACUUCUUGACAGAGGAGCUCCUGCCCUCUGCUGGGGAGCUGCUGAAGCACAGCUGAACUGACACUGCGGACGCGAUUGUGCCGCUCUGUGGCCGGCUU